GCAAUCGAAUUGAGCAUCAAACUACCUGUGGUGUCUACAGCAGCAGCAAUUAUUUGCAGCCUAAUCGAUUUCUAAAAUUCAAUCAAUCAAUAAGAAACCUAAAUCUUUGCAAUAUGAAGACAAUCGUGCUUUUCGCUGGACUCAUCUGUGCUUUCUGCCUGUUUCAAGGUACCACUGCGGCGCCUGCUGACGCAGCUGCUCUGGAGGCGGAUGAACCACAAUUGGCUGUGCUUAAGGAGCUGCCUGCGGUGGAGUUGAGUCGUCAGAAGCGCGCAACCUGUGAUCUAUUGAGCGGCACCGGUGUAAAUCACAGCGCUUGUGCGGCCCAUUGUUUACUCCGUGGUAAUCGCGGUGGUUAUUGUAAUGGUAAGGCGGUAUGCGUCUGCCGUAAUUGAGAAACAAAUUUGCUUACAAGCAUUAAUUGUACGAGUAUAUAAAUUUAAAAUCAUUAUAAGUUUUGGCCAAAAUAUUUAAUAAACUUUAGAAAAAAAACACAAAAAUGGUUUUU